AUGGCGACGAUGGAGACGAUGACGACCGCGGAGGCUGUUGGCUCAGCUAUGGAGUGUGCUCCGAAGCACAGGGCUUGUGAUGAAUGCCGCACGCGUAAGCUAGCUUGCACCAAAGAGCCCGAGGGCUGCUCUCGUUGUAAGCGUGAGGGCAUCGCCUGCCACUACUCUCCCCAGAAGCAGAUGGGUCGCCCGCGAAAACGUCCCCGAGAUGAAUCGAGCAAUGACACUGCGAAUGCUGUCUCCGCGAGUAAGAACGCCAUGACCGAGAUCCCGCCGGAUACCGAAGACCUUGGCUUGUCUUUUAUUAACUUUCUGGCGGCGGGUGAACCCAACGUUAACAAUCUUAACGCGCCGAUAAGUUCGCCGCAGGAGAAGGGCUUCUCAUGGUCCUUUGGGUUGUGCUCAUACGCGGCUCUAUACCUCUCCCUCGACUCGAUGCAGAAACAGCCCGAAGGCGUCGAAGAAUCGAUCCGACACGCGCGAAAAGCGACGAGGACGGCUUAUGACGCGGUGUACUGCCCCGUUUGCUCUUUUAGGCUUGAGCCGCCGGAUCACAACUCGGGGCCGGAUAUCAUGCGUUCGUUCCAGAACCUAAUGCUCCUCGCUGCCCUAGUCCCGAGCAUCGUACACGCCUACCAGCGGAUCUUACAAGCCGUCGAUGAAGAAGCAAGCCGAGCGACAGCCGAGCGGCGGCGACUGAUAUUCCGGCUUCGCGGCUUCGGCGGCAUCCUCUGGGGCUACGGGUCGGGAGAAGAAGAAAACAUGUGCAUGGCGGCCGGGUCGCUGGAUUGUCGGGAGAUGGAGCCGGCGAUGUGGCGACUGACGGUGCGGGCGCUGCUCAAGGCGGAUGUGUACGGAUUAUCAGACGUUGAUACGACGGAAGCGGAGACGUUGCCGAUACAUAUUGGUCUGAAGGAUAUCGUCAACCAGAUGGAGCAGAAGAGCCGAGCGCGACACGCUCUUAUGGACGCGCUGAUAGCGACAGGGAACUGGCAGCCGCCGGAUUGUGGGAUAGCGCUGCAUACGCAAGGAGAGAUACCGACGUGCCAGAAAGUUAUUGCGAUUGCAAAGGCAGCUAUUGAUGCGUUGGUUAUUGCGUGA